AUGAACAACAUCGUUGAGCUGAGAUGUGCCGACGGUGCGACACUGAUGACGACGAAGGAGACGCUGGCACGUGCUCCCUAUUCUAAGUUGAGCACAGAUGAAACUGUUACGGCCACUUCCGACGCGAAAAUUAUCGCCAUUAUGCUGGACGCUCUUCGACGGAGCGAUCAACGACUGAUAGUGCCAGAUGACUUUGACGACUGGAGCCGAUUAGCAAAUGAAGCACGGCGCUUAGGACUUUUCCAAAUUGCGGAGAACGCAUCGCCGUGUACAAUUUGUGUCGCUUGUCAUGUCGCUUUAUCCGCUGGUCGACUGAAUCCCGAAGUGACAUUUCGAAAGCUCUCACGUAUUGUUGUUACUGGAAAAGUCAGUGUCUGUCGUGCCGUGUUUGGAUCAAGCCUUAACGAAGCACGCGAUGGUGGCGGCACGGACUUCGAACAGGAUCGCUACACUUCGAGGUUUUUCCUGAAGCACAGCAACCUUGAACGAGCAUUUGACGCAUUAGCGGCAUGUGGAUUCAGACUACGCCACUGCAAUACGUUUGCACCGUCUUCGUUGAAACAAAAUACUGGCGAUGAUUCUCAAUUCCUACACCAUUCUCAAUACGUGUUCGUACGAGAACCACAGCAGAAAGCAAAAAUUUGGAUUGUACUAAUGGAGUAA